AUGCUGAAGACUGGUAGGACUGGUAUACUACAAAGAGCUGUGCAAAGGGCAUUUUAUGGAUCCCAAUAUUUAGGGGCACCUUUCGAGUUGGGCCCAAAGAAUGAUCAGUACAGGGAACUUAAUGAUAUGUACUCUGAGCUUUUUACUGGUGGUGAUUCGAAGUCGCCGCAAAAUAGAAAAAUCUCGAUGGAGUCUGAAAUAGACGAAUUAAAUAGUGAACUACAAGAAACGUUCAAUAUUAAAUCUGGUGGUAUUUCUUCUCAAGAUCUGGAGAGAAUUGUGUCGUCACCGGGAAGAUUCAUUAUUGAAAGCAAGUCUAACAACCCAUUUUACAACUUGGCUUUGGAAGAUUACGUCUUCAGGCAUACACCAAUCGUGAAGAAUAGCUCAUUUGAUAGUGAAAGACUUCUGUUCUAUAUCAAUAAGCCCUCGGUUGUGAUAGGUAAAAAUCAGACGCCAUGGAGAGAGUUGUAUUUAGAGAACUGUGCUGCGAAGGGAUAUCAUUAUUUGAGGAGAAAAUCUGGCGGGGGUGCUGUGGUACAUGACUUGGGCAACGUAAACUAUUCUUUCCUCACGUCCAGAGACAAUUUUGACAGAGAGUACUUCAACAGACUUUUGGUAAAUUGGCUGCGUCAACACUGCCCGAGUGCCGCAAUAGGUUUGAAUGAACGUAGUGAUAUCACAUUAGGAAGUAAAAAGGUCAGUGGAAGUGCAUUCAAAAUUGCACGAGGAAAAGCUUAUCAUCAUGGAACCAUGCUUGUUUCCUCUGACCUUCGGCAGUUUAGUGGUUUAUUAAAACCUGAUAAAGUGGAGGAUGUUCAGUGGCAUGGCGGAAGUGUUGAAAGUGUCAGAUCACAUGUUACAAACAUUUCAGGAGAGGUUGUUGAAGACGUUGAUGAAUUUAUUGAUAUUUGUAUCCGGGGCUUUAAAUCAUUAUACAGAGAAGCGCUACCCGUAUAUUAUUGCACCGAAAGUGAUACUAUCACGGAUGACAUUGCUUCUACAAUGGAGUUGCUCCAAAGCAACGAUUGGCUAUAUAUGUCAAGCCCAAAAUUUUCUCUCAAAAUACAAAGCCACUCACUUACUGUUGAAAAGGGCAUUGUGACAGAAUCUACGAUAAAAGAUGCACAAGGUAUGCGCUUCUCUGACUUCGUGCAUUGCGCUAAUAAUCAUCUUAUUAGCGAGAUACAUACAAAAUUAUAA